AUGCGAUCCGCCCUUUGCUGUAAUUCAGGUGUGUUGGGCGUGUUUUAGCUCGAAGUCUAAACUGAAAGUAAAAGUAUGGCCAGAAAAUGGCAUUUCGUGUAGGACGAUUACUGGGUUAAAAAUGCGCAUAUAGACUGUUUGUAAAAACGAAAAUAUACAGCAAAAUUUGGCCUUGUCUUAUAUAGAAAAAGUUCUUUGUACAAGACUAAAGGUGGCGAUGCAGGUCAAUACUUUCAGCGCUAUUUUGAUCAUGUUGAAGUUCGUCAUUAACUCUGAUGGUUUCCUGCUACACGGCUCUGCUGGUCCUCUAACAGCCCGGCUAGGAGGAGCUGUACUGCUGCCCUGCUUUGUGGACAGACCCCUGCCUUUGGAGGAGCUGGAGGUGAACUGGAGAAGGACUGAUUCAGACACCAUCGUGCACCUAUUCCAGGGGGGUCAGACCAGACCUGAAUCACAGGGGGACGCCUAUAGGGGCAGAACCCACUUCUUCUCUCAGGAAAUCCCCAAAGGCAACUUCUCUCUGCUGCUUGAGGGUGUGAGGACUGCAGAUGCAGGAGUGUACAAGUGUGUGGUUUAUACAGAGCAGGAGCAACGUGAAACACGGGUGGAAAUACAGGAAGUAGAGCGGCUGGUGGUGACGGGUGCAGAUGAGCCUGUCUAUGCACAUGCUGGAGAGGAUGUGACUCUCAGCUGCUCUGUGGACACCCAUGUUAAUGUGACAGAGCUUCAGGUGAAAUGGAUAAAGACAGACGAUGACGGUGACAUCUUGGUGCUUCUGUAUGCUGAUGGAGAGAACAGACCAGAGUCUCAGGAUGGGAGAUACUCUGGAAGAGCUGAAUUCUUCACUGAGGAAAUUCCCAAAGGAAACUUCUCAAUGAAACUGAGGAAAGUCAGGCUGGAAGACAAAGGAGAGUUCAGGUGUGAAGUCCACUCAGAUACUGAUUCUGCCAAUACAACUGCCAGGAUACCAGCACUGGGUUAUUCAUUCCUGCAUUGGCUGAUUCUGGGGCUGUGCAUCGCUGUCACACCUGUAGUCCUACUUACUGGUGCUUUAUCUGUCAGGAAUUUAAUAAAGGAAGAUAAAAGCAAACAGGACCUGCUGAGUCACUGUUCACAUGUCACAGUCCCACAGAUCAUGGUUUCUGCAGCCUUCAUCCUGUGGGGUGUAACUGAAGGAUCCACAGAAGAGGCUGUUACUUGUCCUGCCAUCAGUCUGAUGUAUAUCCUGCUGUUGAUAAAUAUGGCUCCAUAUCAGGAAUUAAUUGCAAUUACAUGGCAGAACAUUAUAUUCAACACUCUAAGAACUGCAUUUCCCAUCAUUAUGGUCGGUGUCCUAACAGGUUCUUUCAUCGAGUUCUUAGCUAAAUAUUCCCCAACUCCAGCCGAGAAAGCAGUAUUUGGAGGAAUGUUUGGUGGAAUCAUAUUUAUACUCAUCUUUUUCAUUAUAUGCCAAAUCACCUUUGUUGUGGUUUUGGCAAAAUAUUCAGAAGACAGUGACAAAGUAGAUAAAAUACUUGACUAUGUGGGUGGAAUAACUGGAAUUAUAUUCCUGCUCAUCUCGGUCUCAUCCAUCAUUGCUGUCAGUGUUUAUCUGGCGAAAUACUCAGCUCUACCUUGGCAAGAACAACUUGCAACAUUUUCCACUUUAUUAAUGUUUCCAGUCAUCAUGGUUUUAUUCCCAGUUGGUCUCGGUGUGUUUCGGAUAAUACGCUUAAGAAGGAUGGGAGAAACAGUACGACUUGGAGACAUUAUUGCAAUCAUGGGCGAUUUCCUGUAUGAUCCAACAAUGUUUAACAUGCUGUUCCUUACUAUUUAUUCCCAACUCUUUGCCUGGAUGAACAACACAUUUAAAUUAGAAUAUUCAGUUCCGACGGCAGUCGCUGCUUUGGGAAUCUGUGCCUGCAUCAUUAUUAAGCGUUAUUUAUUGUAUCAUGAAAAAAAGCGCUUGGAGGGAUUUUACUAUUUUGCUCAGAAAAUCCUUCUGGGGAUUUUCUUCCUGCUUCACCUGAUAUUAAGUUUCCUGUAUCUAAGUGUGAUUUUAGAAAAUUACAAAGGACGACCUGUAAAGAUCUGCGAGUUUGUGUUUGUCUACAUUCUGACUGUCACAUUCCUGUUUCGAUUCUGGGAGCGGGAACAUUUACUUGUCAAACCCCGCAAAUAUGUCUAUUUAUCAGGGACUUUUGCUCUCCCUCUCCUGAAUUCUGUUGUCCUGGCUGUAGCAUUAAAACUCAAAGCAGACACAGGAAAACAGCCACUGGAUCUACGGCUGAUUGUCCUGAUUUCUGGGUCUGUCUUCCUCUUUGGCUGGUUUGUUGUAGAGAUGUUUGCAUACUGGUUGGCCAAAAAAGAAAAAAUUAAAGAAGAGAUGGGUUUGGUUGAGAGACACCAAGAUCCUGAUCCAGACCAGAUGCGGUAUCGGGCCCUGUAUGACUGCACUGCAGCAGAAGAGGAUGAAGUGUCCUUUCAGCACGGCGACGUGAUCCUGGAUGUGCAGCAGAUUGACGAGGGCUGGAUAUAUGGGCGUGUGGAGCGCACAGGCCAGGAGGGCCUGCUGCCUGCCAACUAUGUGGAGGCCAUAACAGAAGAAGAGACAUGCUUGGUCGAUAGACGGCAAGAUCCUGAGCCAGACCAGGGAUCACAUGACAAUCUGGAGAUGGAGGCAUCAUCACCUGCUGAUCACAAUGAACCAAACCCAGAGGAGGUAUUACUGGGGGAGAAGAACACAGAAGGCUGAAGGAUCUAUAGAGUUUCAUUUGUUAAUUAUCUGAAGACUUGAGGGAGUUUACUGGAUAACAGACGUAAACAUUUCUAGGACCAGCUGCACAUGCCUAUAAGCUGAUGUUCAUCUACAGAGCAGCACCCUGGGAAGGACCAUUAUGCUGUAUCUAUAGUCAGUCACCUGAGGAUAAAGUCACCUGUGAAGAUCAAUACAUGGUCCUUCAUGUCAUCCUGUUUCUUCUGAACUGAACUCUGUAUAUUUUGCAGUUGUUACAUGGAACUUUUCAAGAUUUUAUGUCUCUCAGAAUAUCUGCUUAACAUAAAAGCUUGAUUACUUUCAAAGAGAGACUGCUUAGUGAAACAAUGUAUUUGGAAAGUUACAAGUCUUACACAAACUGGUUUCAGGACAUUACAGAAACCUUCCUGUGUAAAUAACUGUACACCAUAUGAUUAUCUGACUUACCUUUGCAGUGUUGAAAUGGACAGUGUCAUUACCCACAUUCUGUAUAAAUCUUCACUGCUCACAGUCUUCAGCUCCAUCAUGUUUAUUGUGACAUGUUGUGUUUAAGCUCCGCUGUCUGUAUCUGUAAUUUCCCCACUGGGCUUUAGAAUCAGCAGCAAGUGCAUUUUUCUUGAAUAAGAGAAAGAAAAAACUUGCCACUAAGGUAGCAGUAAAGUGACUGGAUGUUUAUCACCUGACUUUGCCAUGUGUAACCAUACAAAUGCCAGCCUGAUAUUCCCUGAGAUGUAACGAUUUCCCAAAUCGACAGUUUGCAUCAGACCCAGGGUUGGGAUCAUGUGAUUCUGUGACAGUUUUUUUUUAAUGUACGAUGGUGCCUGUGGUUCACGAACGCUGUGGCCUAUGAACAGUUCGGUUCGCAACCAAAAAUUCUGCAAAAAGAUAUAUUGGUUCACGUAUAAAAUUUGGUUGAUUCCUCGACCAGACUCCAUUUUUUAUACUAGUGUAUCACUAACGGGGCGCAUGUCCCAGUAUGCCCAAUGUGCAAUUGUAAAUAGCCCUUGUAUUGUUGAUGUUAAUGGUUGCAUCUCUCUGUUGUCGCGUGCGUGUUUGCCCAUGUGUUUGCCCGUGUCUUGUGUGUACCCGGUCCGAUCUUCACGUGUAUUUAGCGUGUGUAAAUCUCCCACCAUGUGCACCUUGCAGUUCGGCGUCUGAAAACCUUGUGUUUCCCAUCUGUGUAUUUCGGUUCGGUGCUGGUUGGGUGCCUGUUGUGGUACUUUUAAGGACUGUUAAUAAAGAGCGAGAUUUCCC